CCGAGACCGAUUAUUUUCCUCAUUAACAAGCGUCAUAUGCUUCGAGUGUUUUCCGACAUUCACCAAGAGCGGCAGCCGUAAUCAUAUAUAUACUACAUCCAUCCUACUAUGACGACCUCCACUGUUCUUCAACUUCACCAAAAUGUUCGCAAGCAAGCUGGUCUUUGGAUCUCUUUUGGUCAGUGCUGUUCGCGCCGGAACAACCGUCUGGGAUGGAAGCUUCAAUAGCUACAGCACUUCUGCAGACUUUGAUAAAUGGUCCUGGGCUAACGAAGUCGGCACGUAUCAAUGGUAUAUCCAUGGUACCCAACCAACCAACAACUACCUCAACCUUGAUCCUUCCUACAAAAACCCUGCGAUGACUUCAGAGAUACACGGCCUGAAGGUUACCAUCUCUACCAACGCUACAUGGAACUCGAACAUGGAGCGUACAGAACUGAUCCCACAAACCAGUGCGAAUCUGGGCACCGGCACAAUGUAUUAUCAUUUCUCCGUGAUGCGUUCCGAGACAAAUCCCCCCGACCCCACCCUCGAACAUCAGGUUCUCUUCUUUGAGAGUCACUUCACUGAGCUGAAGUAUGGUGUUUCCCCGACUCCCACUGACCUCCAGUGGAUGGUGUCCAGUCAGCGCCAAUGGGGUGCCAACUUUGAAGCAGGCGUCUGGUUUAACUUUGCCUACGACAUCGACUUCAAUUCCCAAACUGUCGGUCUCUGGGCUUCCACGGGAUCCGAGGACCUUACCAAGGUCGUCGACAACGUUUCCGCAUCGACUUCCACAAACUCUGAAGAUUUCCACGUCGGAGUUUUGCGUAUCGUCAACCAAGAACCCCAAGAAGAUUGGUAUAUCUCUGGAGUCUACAUAGAGACCGGGGACAUCACUACCAGCAUCUCCAGAGGUAGCAGCAACUCGACAACAAGCGCUUCCACAACAGCAAGUUCCACGGCGGCGACUACGGCGGCACCGACAACAUCUACGGUGGUAAGUACAACAACCGUGGCAUCGACCACCACUUCUGCGUCAGGAGCGACACAGACGCAUUGGGGCCAGUGCGGAGGGACUGGCUGGACGGGUCCUACUCAGUGUGCCUCGGGAUUAACUUGUGUUGCAGUUUCUCCUCCAUACUAUUAUCAAUGUCAAUAAGUAGCGAACAGAUGUGCUGGGUACAUACAUUCAUUAUAUGAGAUUUCCUUUGAUAUUUUGACAGCUAUUUCUUCAAACCUACUGAGUAAGUCAGGACCCUGCUGUCCUCACAAGGCGACAGUUUCCACUGCUGGCGAA